UAUCUCUCACCCACGAUUGUCUCUCAAACCGCGCGCUCGAUACACCUUAUCAGUGACGUGUCUCUUUAAAUGCGCGCCUCUUCCUCUCUUUCUCUCUUUCGCUCGCCUGUCGCUCGCGCGAGAUCAACGCGGAUCACGUCGCCCGACGAGGACUCGAAUCCGCGAUACGACGAAGUCGUGACCAUUCGUGGCUGUUCGCGACGGGACCCCCAACCUCGUCCGUGAUGACGCCAUGAUCUACGUCGUCGUGUCACAGCGCGGACCGUAGACAGCGGGAUCCAUCCGCCACCAGAGAGCGGUUCCCUUUCUUCUUUUUUUUUUUCCUCCUUAAUAAUUAUGAGUGUCAUUGGCCGGGAAUCCUAACCACCGGGACGCGGAAAUACGGAAGGCGACCCGCGGUGAAUCGUCCGCGUCGAGCACGUCCGUGUAUUAUCGACGAGAUUAUCGAGGAGGCGGUGUGGAGAUAAAAACGGCGCUUUAUUAAGGUGUGUUCUCGCCCCGCGCGAGAAAUGUCCGUCGAGCGCGACGUGAACGUCUCGGAAGAGUAAUCUCGCUCUUCAGGGAUAAUCGUCAACGUUUGCGCCGGGUCGACCCGGAGGUCGACCCCGCCUCGUACUUCUUCUGGAUACUUUUUUCACCUGCCUGCAAACGGGCGAGAUUCCUUCCCCCUCUCGUCCGCCCGCGCGCGAAUGACACAUCCCGAUGGGACGAUCCAAAAUCGUAAAUCGAGGAUAAUAAGAAUGUCUGUGCCACCUCCGCCACCGCCUCCACAGGUUGCUGCUUCUGGGCCACCGGUGGCAGACAACAGAAACUUAUUGUUACAGUCCAUAAGGGCAGGUAAAACUUUGAAGAAGACUGUUACUGUGGAUAAGAGCGCACCUGCUAUUGCUGGUAAAAUUAAGGGCGAAUCAAAGAGCCCUUCAUUAAGUAGUAAUAAUAGGACUAAUACUUCUAAUGCAGCGGUAAGUAGCAGUAGUAAUGGUGGACCCAUGCCACUGGGUGGUUUAUUUGCGGGUGGUAUGCCAAAAUUAAAACCUACGGGACUAAGAGGGAACAUGACCGAGAAAGAGGGACAAAGUGUAAAUGUAAAUAACUCUAGCUUUCUUCAUUCGUCGCCUGGAUCCUCUCAUAGUAUAAAACGCGGUCCACCUCCAGUUCCACCACCAGCUGCUCAGAAACCACAGAUAUUCAGUCAGGGACAAAGUACCAUGGAUUCCACGACGAGCAAUUCGGAUACGAUGCCCAGAUUAUUCGCGAAAUCAGCCGCCGUGCCUAAACCAGUGCCGUCGUCUAGUCUGUCGAAACCGUCGCCGCCGCCGAAGAAGCUGAACCUGACGAGUAACGUGGCUAGCGUGGCGAGGGCGCAGAGCAUGCGACUUCCGCGCUCGUCUCCGGUUCUGGUGACGACAACACCAUCUUCCUUGCAUCAGUCGCAGGAUUGUCUGCACGAGAGUAUCAUGCCGCAACCAGCAGCGAGACCUACAGUGAAUCGGGUUCUCAGGCCACCGAUAACGAGACCUCCGUCGCCGCCGAUUUCGCGGACGUCGAGCUUCGUGCCUGCGACAAAGCCGCCGUCGCCACCGCCGUCAACUUCCCGGUCCACGAAUACGAGACCGUCGUCCCCGCCACCGCCACCAACGACGACGACGCGAUCCUCGAGCACGAUGCCCGUAAUGAGGGCAGCGCCGCCGCCGCCGUCGAGGGUCACAGUCACUGCACCUUGCAUACCACCUCCUCCGCCACCGCUUCCUCAUCGUCCAGCUCCCACGCAUCAGAGAUUAGCACCGCCGCCACCUCCGCCCCCGACUCCUCCUACGAGGAGUCUUUCGGUGCGCAACGGCAGCGGUCAAGCCGUGGCGAGCUCCGUUGACCUGGAGAUGCGAUUCGCUGAGAUGUUUCAUACAGCAUCUAGCUUACCACCUCCGGAACCGUUUAAAGGCUUCGUCAAAGUCUACAGUAGCAGGAAUGCAGCAAAGCAACAAGCUCCAGCUCCACCUCUUCAACCAUCUUCUACCCCUAGUUCACUGCAUUCGUUGAAUACUUCGUCUGGGAAUAAACAGUGGCAACAAAAUGCGACUUCUUUGGCAUAUUGAAAAUACAGUCUGUGUAUACUUAAAUCAUUGCUUUACGCACUGAUUAUUGUUUAAAAACUUCUAAAUGCUGCCACACAAUAAAAUGUUAAAUUAAGUAUGUGUGAGAAGAAUGAAUCGGUAAAGCACAAGCGUUUGAGAGAGAAUGAUAUCCUGAAUUUGCGAGCCCAGUUAUACAAUAAAAAUGUUUUAGACAAUA